AUGUCCCUAUGGGUAGACAAGUAUCGUCCACGUACACUCGACGAUCUACACUAUCAUACGGAACUCUCAUCCAGAUUACGAUCCCUCUCCGCAUCUGGUGACUUCCCUCAUAUCCUCUUCUAUGGUCCAUCCGGGGCAGGAAAAAAGACCCGCAUCAUGUGCACACUCCGAGAACUGUACGGACCCGGAGUCGAAAAGUUGAGGAUUGAUCAAAGAGUAUUCGUCACUCCUUCUGGACGUAAACUAGAUGUCAACGUUGUUCAAAGUAAUUAUCAUAUCGAACUCACUCCUUCAGAUGUGGGGAUGUACGAUAGAGUGGUAAUUCAGGAUAUCUUGAAAGAAAUUGCCCAAACACAACAGGUAGACUUGAAUGCUAAACAGAGGUUCAAGGUGGUUAUUGUGAACGAAGCCGACGCUCUCACUCGUGAUGCUCAAGCAGCUUUGAGACGUACCAUGGAAAAAUACAUGACCAACAUGCGUCUCAUACUUUGCGCCACAAGUACCAGCAAGAUAAUUGCUCCUAUCCGAAGUCGAUGUUUAUUGGUCCGAGUUGCCGCCCCAGACAAUGGAGAAAUGACAAAAGUGCUCCAACAUGUCGCAAAGAAAGAAAGGUUUCAUCUACCCGACCCCGCAUGUCAAUCUAUCACAUCUGCCUCUGGUGGUAAUUUGCGCAAAGCUUUACUUGUCUUCGAAGCUAUGAGAAUGCAAAGGCCCGAUUUACAAGGUGAUAUAGAAGUCGCUAAACCGGAUUGGGAAACGUAUUGCGCAAAAGUAGCGGAUAGUAUAUUACAAGAGCAAACCGCACAAAGAUUGUUGGAUGUGAGGGGGAAAUUGUAUGAGUUAUUGAGUCAUUGUAUACCUCCUACGGUGGUGUUGAAGACUAUUUCGGAAAGGAUAGUGGACAAAGUGGACGAUACUCUGAAACCACAGAUCAUACAUUGGGCAGCGUACUAUGAACUAAGAAUGCGUAUGGGAUCAAAGAAGAUUUAUCACCUAGAGGCAUUUGUCGCAAAAGUAAUGAGGUGA